UUCAAUCUCUGUUUAAAGUUAAAAGUAUUUAAAGUAUAUAAAUAUAAUUUCUCUUUGGGCAAACGGAAAAACAAAGAGGCGGUCUUAGCGCAUGCGCAAUGUAUAUGUACACAAAGAUGCGGAAAAUAUGGAUGUCCCAAAAAAGAGAGGACGUCCUCAAAGCUUAACAGAUUCAACUCGUAAGAAGAAAAGGCUCCAAGCUAACCAGACUCACGCGAAAAGUAGGAUUUUUAUUGGUGAAUAUAUUGAAGACUGGAACAGUUUGCGUGACUCGCUUGGAUUGAAAUCAAACCCCGAACUUGCGGGAUUUCUCCUCAACUCUCACUAUGAGUCCCAGAAACGCCUUUCAAGGCAAGGAAUACUUUCUUCAACUCCUGCUAGGCCUCAUCCUCUGCCAAGGAUAUCAGAGUUGAUACUAUCAGAAAUUUCGUCAACAGAUUCUAAAGGAAAUGGCAGUACUACAGAAACAGCAGAGUCAGGAGUUGAAGAAAUGGAGAAAUCAAGUUUUUUGAGGCCAGCUACUGCAUCUCAUCAGUCACCAAUAUCCAAAGGGGAAGAAACAAAGAGAAAAAGUUCAUUGGAAACAGCUUUCUCAUCUUCAUUUGUAGACCCUUUUAGUUUGAGUAUUAGCAUUACGAAAGAAUCUGAAGAAGAAAAAGGAAGCGUUGAUGAUGAUAGUGAUGAUGAUUUUGAUGUAGAAGAAUAUGAAGUGACUUUAGGUGAAGAUGAAACUAUUGACAUCGAAGAUGUAGCUGGAGGUGACUUGGUCUUUGGAAGUGACGAAGUUAUAGAGACGGAGGAUGAACCACCAGAAUACUUCACUGGCCCAGGUAUCACCCAGGUGUUGUCGAUUGAGGAAUCAGAUGUUGUACUUGCAUCAGAAAAAGUGAUCGCAUAUGAGAAACAGUUGCUGCUUUUAGCAAAAACAAAGAUUGAUGAGCGCUGUUUGGUUAAAGGGUGUCCAGAGCUUGUAGAGAUUUCAACAAAAUAUGUUGCAUCUGCAUUAUACAUUAUCUGGUCAUGUCCUAGGAAGCAUAUCAAACACAGAUGGUGCUCCCAACCACUGCUCAACAAUGGACUACACAGUGGGGACCUGAUGAUAGCAGCAGCAGUUCUGUGCUCGGGAAACAACUUUAGCAAGGUGGAAUUGAUGGCAAAGAUCCUAAAACUGCAUUUUCCAAGCCAGUCAUCAUUUACUCGUAUGCAACGCACCUAUCUUGUUCCUGCGAUUGAAGAAAAAUGGGAUGAACAUCUUCGCAGCUUUCGGGCAGAGCUUGAGGAUAAAGACGUAGUUCUUCUUGGGGAUGGACGUAUGGACAGUCCUGGCCAUUGUGCCAAAUAUUGUACAUAUUCCAUGAUGGAGAAUGACAGCAAGAAGAUCAUUGCGAUUGAAACACUUGACAAGAGGGAGGUGGGGAAGAAAAGCACUAACAUGGAGAAAGCUGGCUUUCAGAGAGCUUUGGAAGAUGUGAGGUCCAGCAACAAUGUCACUGAAGUAGUGACUGAUGCACAUUUACAGAUUGGUGCAUUAAUGAAACGCCAGUACCCUCAAAUUAAACACUCCCAUGACAUAUGGCAUGCCGCCAAAAACCUCGGGAAAAAAAUUGUCAAGGCUGGUCAAGAAAAGAGCUGUCGGGAGCUGCUGAACUGGAGCCAAGAUAUAGUUAAUCACUUUUGGCACUGCAGUAAAAUGGCCAACACCCAUGAAGAAUUUUUGGUAACUAUUUAAUUUGUUUACUUUAAUGAAAAUUAAACUGAUAUAAUUACUACAAAUCUCCCAUCACAGACUGAGGUCUGUUGUAUUAUUUCAUACCCAUGGGUGGCUUAUAAAUUAAAUUCAUAAAGUGGAAUACUGUAAACAGUGAAGUAUUUGCCCUGUUAUAUUUUUGCCCCUAUUGCUCUUUUUGCCAACAAACAAAUUUAAAAUUGAUGUCUCAAAUGAUCUCUCCUUAAACACAGCUUUGUGUUGGCAAUUCAAGACAGGGUGAAACGAUUUAAAAGUGUAGAAGAGCGAAAAUUACAUUGGUAAAAAAUUAUCCUGUAUACAGUAUUCACUUGUAAUAUGUGUCAUGUGAAACCUUCAGCACAUUCAGAAAACUGUGAGCUUUGAAUGCAUAAGUUUUAAUCAACAUGUUAAUCUUUAAAAUAUCAAA